AUGGCUACGGACAAGAUCACUUUCCUGACCAACUGGCACGCCACCCCGUACCACGCCCCCCUCUACCUCGCUCAGGCCCGUGGUUACUUCAAGGAUGAAGGCCUCAAGGUUGCCCUGCUCGAGCCCAAUGACCCCUCCGAUGUGACUGAAAUCAUCGGUAGCGGCAAAGUCGACAUGGGCUUCAAGGCCAUGAUCCACACGCUGGCGGCGAAGGCUCGCAACUUCCCCGUGACCUCGAUCGGGUCUCUGCUCGAUGAGCCCUUCACUGGCGUCGUUUACCUCAAGUCCAGCGGAAUCACCGAGGACUUCCGCUCCCUGAAGGGCAAGCGCAUCGGCUACGUCGGUGAAUUCGGCAAGAUUCAGAUUGACGAGCUCACAAAGUACUACGGCAUGACCGCCGACGACUACACCGCCGUGCGCUGCGGAAUGAACGUGACCAAGGCCAUCAUCCGCGGUGAAAUUGAUGCGGGUAUUGGUCUCGAGAAUGUGCAGAUGGUUGAGCUAGCCGAGUGGCUCGCCGAGCAGAACCGACCCCGCUCCGAUGUCCAGAUGCUUCGCAUUGACCAGCUCGCCGAGUUGGGCUGCUGCUGUUUCUGCUCUAUCCUGUACAUUGCCAACGACAAGUUCCUUGCCGAGAAUCCCGAGCGUGUUACCAAGUUCAUGCGUGCUGUGAAGCGUGCUACGGAUGAUGUCUUGGCUGAUCCGAACACAACUUAUGAGGAGUAUGUCGAUUUUAAACCUAUUAUGGCGACUCCUGUCAACCGCAAGAUUUUUGAACGUUCCUACGCCUACUUCAGUCAGGACCUCAAGAAUGUCGCUCGUGACUGGGAGAAGGUCACUCGCUACGGCAAGCGUCUUGGUAUUUUGGAUGAUAACUUCCAGUCCAACUACACCAACAAGUACCUAUCCUGGGAUCUGGAUGCGGAUUCUACUGAUCCUACUGGUGACCAGAAGCGCAUGGCUAAGCUUCAGGAAGAGGUGGCUGCCAAAGGUGGCUUCCAGCGUCUGGAGGUUGCUGCGGCUUAA